AUGACGAAUUUCACGGUGCUGUUUCUGCUGAUGUGUUGUGUUCUAUGUGUGCACUUUCUGUCUGUCGGAGUAGAGGCAAGAUUACCGGACGUUCCGUCGUUGGAAACACGAGACUCACGCAAGCAUAAACAGUUGGGUGUCCCUGUCCAUGAUAGGGGACAGCUUCAGAGGGAAAUAUCUUCCUCCGUUUUGAGAAACAAGUUCAACCGCCUUCCUGGAGUAUGUCAACGUCUACGCAGAAGGAGAAUCACAGUUCUGUGCAAUUCCAACGUGGGCAAGUACUGUUCGGUCAAAGAAGGAGCUCAACAUGGCCACAUUUGCCGCUGUCCAAGAGCAUCAAAGUGUAAAUACUUCUUUCUGAGGAGUCUGUAG